CCACCUGAAGUGUCCCCAGAGUGUCCCCGGAGAGUCCCCAGAGUGUCCCUGGAGCGUCCCCAGGGGCCAUGGAGCCCCUCAAGCUGUCCCCAGCCCUGCUGCAGCCACAGGUCACUGUGGUGGCCAUCCUGGAUGAGCUGCUGGCCACUCUGCCCAGGCGGGAUGAGAUGAUGUUGCUGCCCAAGUCUGCAGAGAGCCUGAACUGGGACCUGGAGGACUUCACCAGGGAGCUCCGGGCCACCAUAAAGUGCAUUGAUGACACCUGGUGGCCCGACAUUGUCACCUCCGAUGGUGAUGACCCUGUCACCUCCCUGAGCCAGGCCCUGGCUGCCCACAAGAGCACCCCAUGGACCGCCUGGGACCAUGUGAAAAUGGAGGCCAUGAUGUGGCAGGGCUUGGUGGACGUGCUCAUGGAGAGGUGGGUCAAGCUAUCUGGGAAGGCCACCAAGCUCCGCAGCCUCUGGUGGAAGGUGGUCACUGAGGCGGCCGACAUGGCGAUCACCAUCACCUCCUUGGCACGCUACCGGCAGGACAAGGCUGCCCGUGAUGGGACAGCUCAGGAAAACAUGGUGGAGCUGGGUCAGGCCCUGGGCAGGGAGGAGGGGGCCAAGGGGGUGGCCGGGCACGAAGCCUGGGUGAGGAGAGAUGCCAGGGUUGCUGGCAGUGAGGCAACAAGGGCCACCAAGGAGAGACAGUUAGCGGAGGUGGCCCUGGGGCUGCUGGAGCGCUUGGUGGCCGCGUGUGACAAAGCCACCGCCCUCCCCCGGGAGCUGCAGUGGCGGCUCGAAGACAUCGAGGACACCCUGAAGGGGACAAAUGAGGCAUCCCAAGAUGUCCCCGAGGACUUGGUGGACAAGGUGGCUGAGGCCAAGCGGCUGUGGGAAGCGAACGCCCACCUGGCCAAGGAUCACCUGCUGGGGGUAGUUGACGACAUCGUCAAGAUCUAUUUCUAUGGUGCUCCCGCCAGCCCCAGUGCCUGUGGGGUGGCCGAGCGGUGCCAAAGUGCCAUCGAGGACAUCCCAAGGCUCCUUCAACUCCUGGAUCGUCCCCAGAGCAUCCCCAAAGUGUCCCCAGUGAGCAUGAAGCUGCAUGAGGUGUCCCCUCCGCAGCUGCAGGCGCUGGUGGCCGUGGUGGCCACCCUGGGCAAGGUGGUAGCCGCUGUGACCGGGCCACACAGGGGCAAGUUCCUGCAUGAGUCCCUAGACUCCCUGCAUGAGGACCUGAAGAACUUCACCCAGAGCCUCUCUAAGAUCCUGGACCACAGCGAUGUCACCUCCCUGGGCCACUGUGGUGUCACCUCCCUGGGCCACCAUAGUGUCACCUCCCUGGGCCACCAUAGUGUCCCCUGCCUGGGCCGGGCCCUGGCCACCCUCGGGGCCACCCCAGGGACAACUGGGGCCAGUGUGAGAGCCGUGGCCAGUGCCUGGCGGGAGUCAGUGGCCAAGCUCGUGGACAGCUGUGACCAGCUGGCCAGGGAGGCCACCAAGCUCCGUGACGCCUGUGGGAAGGUGGUCAUGGACCAACAGCGGAUGGUGUCCCGGGACAAGGAGGAGGUGGCCCGGGAAAUGGCCACACAUGAUGCCCAGGUGGUGGCAGCCACCAACGAGGCCAUGGGAGAGGCUGUGGUGGCCACCAGGCAGGCAAUGGCAGCCACCAAGAGGGGACAUUGGGCAGUGGCGGCCCUGGGGCUGCUGCAGUGCUUGGUGGUUGCGUGUGACAAAGCCACCUUGUUCAUCUGGAACAUGGAGUGCCGGCUCAAGGACAUCAAGGCCAUCCUGAAGGGGACAAAUGAGGUGUCCCCUGAUGUCAUCCAGGCCUUGGUGGCCAAGGUGGCCGAGUUUGAGUGGCUGUGGGUGGCCAGCACCCGCCUGGCCAAGGAUCACCUGCUGGGGACACUUGGGGUCAUCGACAACAUCCUCUUGAGUCCCUGUGGUGACCAUGGCGGCCCCGGUGGCCCCGUCAGCCGCGCGGUGGCCGAGCG